AUGUUGUCUUUGAGAGUAAUGGCGGCGAACGAAAUGGAAACUGAUGACCACUCGCAUCUACCGGCCUCUAAUGGCCUUAGAAGGUCGAACUCUGCACCAAAUAUAAGUGUGGCUGUUUGCACUCACAAUACUCCGACAUUCCGUUCUAUAUCCUUGCCCAGACAACGACGAUUUUCUGUUACUUUAACAAAUCAGAACCCAAUUCCAGUAUCGCCAGCCUCUCGCCUUACGCAAAUAAGAAGAGACGAAAGCAUCGAUGACAUGGCAAGAGAAGUGCAGAAAGAAAAUGAAAUAAAUACCACCUUUCACUUAAGCCAUGACUUGGGAGAAAGUAUGCAUUUGGAUAAUGAUAAACACGAUAGUCCAAUGCAUGAGAGACGGGAUUCGUUUGAGUGUACGACAGAAAUGUUUCCUUCGCCGGCUCCAUCAUCACCAUCGCCAACAAGAGGGGGGUGGAGGACUGCUACAAUAUCAGCUCGAAAUGGAAGAAGUAUGACGCCYAGCCCUAUACCCAGUCCAACACGGACCACUGUUACCAUGCCAACUAGACGAAGUCUUAGUCCUGUAUGUCUAAGACCAAGUAUGUUAUCACCAACUAAUUUAAAACGGAAAGGGCCACCAAAUUAUGGUCCUGAUUUAGGGGUAAGUCCAUCCAAGAAAGUCUAUGAUGGACCAUCAAACAGUAGCUCAUUGGAGGGACCUUGUGAAACGGCACAUCUUAAUUUCGAUGACAUAAACUACUUAAACAUUGACCAUAACAUAUCACAUGCUACAAAUUCUACAUCGUCGACUACUAUUUCAUCAGUUGCCAAUCAUCAGUCUGUUUCRCCAAUGAUGGUAAAUGAUGCUACUCAUAGAAUGGCUUUUGUUAGCCCAUAUCAUCGGUCACGUUUUACRCCACCUCGAUCACCUCUGGCUGGACCAGCAAUUUCUCACGCACAUACAGAUAAUCCUGUACCUAUAGUCACAACUCAAUCCUGCUUUACCUUCGCUCCAGUCAGGGAUUAACAGAGUUUGGCGUUACCAAAAUGUGUAUUUUUCUAUAGAAGGAAGAAUUUAUUCUUGUACAGAUCAUCCUUUGAAAGGAUUAUUAAAAGAUAUUAAACAUUACAGAUAAAAUGUUGUGUAUAGCCCCAGGAAAUAUUAAAAUUCAUAUGCAGGUUUGAGUUUCUCUCAUGUAAGAAAUAAAUUUAAAGAACAGUAUAUUAAUUGAAAAACAUGACUCCUAGACCAGCUCCAGUAGAAAUUUGUUUUUAGAGUGAAAGUGUUAUAUAAUAUUAGACCUCGUUAUCCUUGUUGUUUYACACCAGGGGGGUGUACAUCACUCUACUAGUCACAAAUAAUGAUCAAAAUAGUUACAUAUAUAAAGCUACAAUCUUGGACAUAAAUACUUGGACAAUUUUUCACUUUGGUCCCAGAAAUGUGGUAUCUCUUAUAAGUCAUGCUUAUUUUCCCCCACCCUCCCCUCCCUCCCACUGCAAUGUUGUAGGCAUGGGUUCAUGAAUGGCCAGAGUAUGAAAAAACAGCCACACAAAAUUGUAUUGGAGGGAGGCAUGGGGAUACUUUUUAUCCACGAGUAGUUUGAGCAAAGUUGUGCACGUGAUAAAUUGUCAACAUAUAUGUACAAGAUUGUAGUUCAGGAAGGUUAUGUACUCCCCCUAGGUUUAUUUGGUUCAGUCAGUAACAGAUGUUUUGAGUUUUACCAUGAAUGUCAUUAUCACCUACAAGAUGUCCAUGGCUAGUUUAUCUAUGUUAUCAUAAGUUGUGUGAUAAAAUAGCAAGACAGUUGUUAACAUAUACAAUGUAAUUGAAAUGUAUAAUGCAAUAUUAUGUUUUAUUAUCUGUAAGGGAUACAGAUAUAACWGCUGAAGGCUUGGCAUAAUUCAAGAUUGAAACUUGAUUGGCAUUUUAAAACCAGAACUUCUUGAAUUCAAUUUGAAAGGAAGUUUGUAACACAAUCUUUAAAAAGUAAAAAAUCAGCUUGACUUUUUGAUGUAUCCCUUAUUGGUAAUGAUUUCAUAAAUAUUAGUGUUCUUUAUUUUGUGUACAUAGACAAACAUUUUGGAAAAGAGGGCAUGUUUCUUAUCACUUGAAUUUCUAUUUUCCAAGUAAAAGAAAAGAAACAAGUCUGACACCUUUUGUUUAAAACAA